AUGGUUGGAAGCAAGCGCACUAGGAGUAAAACCGCCGCGGUGGCUCAAUCCGUGACGGCCCAAAGCCACUCCACCCACGAUCCCGCGAUCAACAUGGUGGCACCACCACCUCUCGCCACCGUGCCACCUACCGGACCCGCGACCGAAUCUAGCAACCUCCGUGGCACCGCCGCCAAACAUGGUGGAACCUCCCAUCAAGGUGGGCUCGUUACCACCACCGACUUAGGCCCGGUCUUCGAGCAACUUCAAGCAUUCCCUCCAUUGCCUCCACGCUCGACACACGCUCUCGCAUACACCUCCAGUGAAACCCUAGCCCGUGUGCAAUUGGGCUCCACACGCUUCUCUCCUCCCGAUCCACAAAGUCAAGCAGAUCUCAACCUGAGAGUUGACCAGCUAGCUCAGAGAAUGGACGACCAAAACGCUCUUAUGAGGCAGCUCCUUAAUAAAAUAAGCAUGGCUCAAAAUCUUGGCCUUGGACAACCAGGCGAAGUGAGAAGAAUAGACGAACGCACCGGUGGGCAGCUCAACGCGCACCAAGCGGGUCGAGCAGGAGCGAGCAGACACAUCCACGUGAUCAGCUUGCCGACAUGUCGCAAGCAUCUGCAAGCCACACAUAAAGCAACGUGCGAGAAAGGCUCGGCCCAUGACUUGACGUCCGUGCUUGCCUGGGCCCGCAGGGGAAUGUACUUCAAAGGCUAG